UAUUUUAGUGGGGUGUGGAAGAUUACAGAGUUAAUAAUGUUUCCCACGAAUAACGUAAACUUUCGCUAACCCAUGAGCAGCGCACUGGUGUAGUAGUGUACAGAGUUUUAUUUAAUUCUAGUUUCUGAUCGCGUUUCCGCAGAUAACUUUUAUAAUUACUGAUAAUAGUAUUUUUUAUAAAAUGUUAAUAGGAAGGAUUAGCCAGUUCUUAAUUAAACGUUCCAUCCACAUAUCGCCGAGAUUAAAUCAAGCAAUGGGUAUCGACGGAAAUACGAUUUUAGCUGAGAGUUUGAAAAAACAGGGUGUGGAGUAUGUAUUUGGCAUAGUGGGUAUCCCUGUGAUAGAGACGGCUCUGGCAUUCCAAUCUGCUGGCUUGAAGUAUGUGGGCAUGCGCAAUGAACAGGCUGCCUGUUACGCUGCACAGGCUGUUGGAUACCUAACAGGUAAACCAGGUGUUUGUCUGGCUGUGUCUGGCCCUGGAUUGUUGCACUGCAUCGGUGGAAUGGCCAAUGCUCAAGUGAACUGCUGGCCGCUUAUAGUCAUCGCUGGCUCAUGCCCUCAAGACCAUGAAGGUAUCGGAGGGUUCCAGGAAUGGCCGCAGGUGGAAUCCAGUCGUCUGUACUGCAAGUAUGCUGCCCGGCCACCCUCACCUCGUCUCAUUCCACUGCACGUGGAGAAAGCAGUACGUCUUGCCGCCUCAGGCCGUCCUGGAGUCUCAUACUUAGACAUGCCUGGAACCUUGCUCAUGGCUGAAGCUGAUGAAGAUAAAGUGCCAAUGGACUUCUAUAACGCGCCUCCCGUGGCUCUGGCGCAUCCCAACCCUGCCUUAGUAUCACAAGCCGCGGACCUUUUGGCUAAAGCUGAACGUCCCCUCAUCAUCGUGGGCAAAGGCGCCGCCCACGCACGCGCUGAAGACGAAAUCUGCAAACUCGUGGAAAAUACCAAGCUGCCCUUCUUACCCACACCUAUGGGUAAAGGAGUAGUACCUGACGAGUCAGAAUAUUGCGUGUCGACUGCGCGCACGCAAGCUCUUCUCAAAGCCGACGUCAUUCUGCUACUGGGUGCCAGACUCAACUGGAUGCUACACUUCGGACAACAGCCACGCUUCGCCCCCGAUGUUAAAGUCAUACAGGUCGAUAUAAGCCCAGAAGAGUUCCACAACAGUAUCAAAUCGGAAGUGGCUGUCCACUCGGACAUCAAGCCAUUUACUGCGGCCCUCACACAGAAACUAGCUGAGAAGAAAUUCAGCCUGCAGCCGGCUAGCAAUAACUGGUGGCAAGGACUCCAGCAGAAACAGAAGGCUAACACAGAGUUUGUUCAGGCUCAAGCUAACAACAAGACAUUGCCACUCAACUACUUCGCAGUAUUCAAAGCUGUUCAGGCGAACAUUCCAAAGGACUCCAUCAUUGUGAGCGAAGGAGCGAAUACCAUGGAUAUCGGUAGAGGAAUGUUACUGAACAACAAGCCCCGACACAGGCUCGACGCUGGCACAUUCGGCACCAUGGGAGUGGGCCCUGGUUUUGCCAUCGCCGCAGCUAUGUGGUGCCGCGACUAUGCACCAGAAAAACGUGUCAUUUGUGUUGAAGGAGACUCGGCCUUUGGCUUCUCUGGUAUGGAGAUCGAGACUAUGUUCCGCUACAAACUGCCCGUAGUUAUUGUCAUUGUAAACAACAGCGGUAUCUACAGUGGCUUCCCUAAAGAUGUCAUGGAAGACAUACAGUCAGGUGGCGAUAUCACACAGUGCACUCCACCCACAGCUCUUAGCUGUGAGAUCAAAUACGAAAAGAUGAUGGAAAUUUUCGGCGAGAGUGGACACCUCUGCCGCACUGUUGAAGAAAUAGAAGCAGCGCUAAAGAAAGCAUUAGCAGUCACUGACAAACCUAGUAUCAUCAAUAUACUUAUUGACCCAUCAUCCAAUAGGAAACCACAGACAUUCAACUGGCUUACUGAAUCUAAACUGUGAUAUGAAUUUAUGUAUGGAAAUAAUUUUACAAGCACAUUGCCAACAGGGUGGUGGGGACAAUGAAUGUCACGAGAUGAACUGCCUUCUAAGAAUAACAUUCUUACUGCAUUUCUUUUGAUAUGUAUAUUUCUGUUUAAAUUAAGUGGCAUUCAUGUUUACAAAUGUAUAUACUGCAUAGUAAUGCUGUUGUAAGGUACUUAAAUAAAACAAACAUGGACGUUGAUAUUGUCUGUAAUUGAGUCAUACUUAUUUAUGGUCACAUUGUUGUAAUUGUAUAUAAUGAACUUAAAAAUAUAUAUAAAUUUACAUUAUAAACUAAA